UUGCGGCAAUGCAAUACCUAACACCAAUCGUAGUGGUUUCCCUCAAAUGAAAUAUUGUGUUGCUAAUACAGAUUACUCAGACUGUGUGGUAUUGAAAAUUAUAAAUAUGGCAGUUUAAUAAAAUAUGACAGGAAUUGGUCAUUUGGUACAAAACACUGAUCACUGUGUUAAGUUCAGAUCGGUUCAAAUUUCUAUUACAUUAUUAUGUUAUUGGCUAUACUGUAUAGACAGAUCACGGCACGUCUUGUAACGCUAUCGUUGGAAAGAAAUAAGAACUAAGGCUGAAAGAACGCGGGAAGUACCGCUCUUCAUUAUGAGUAUAAAUAAACAAGAAAAUAUCUUUUGGUCAUUAGCCAAAAAAUAUAGUGUAAUUCAAGUGCCAUCAACAACAACUGCAGCAGAUUUAAAUAUAGCUGAAAUCCCAUUUAAGGUUGCAAGACAUGUUACAGAAAGUGCACUUGCUGUAAUGGGUGAUGUUUGUGUUUUGAAGGAGAAAACCAGAAAAUUGGAACAUGAGAAAUGUAUCCAUUAUCACAGCAACAGGAACAGGUCAUUAAAGAUAAUGCUUGAUGGCAGCAAUGACUUAAUAGAGAAGAUGAACACUGAGCUGGAAUUCAUAUUGCAUAAGAAACAUGUGAUUCUUUGCUUGCUGCAAAAUGCUUCCAAAAAGAAAGACUUCCUUCCUAUUCCACUUCAUCUACACAGAACUUUUAUAAAUCUGCUUGAAGAUCUUCUGGAGCUGUGUAAUAUUAAAAUGAGUGUUGCAAACUUCUGCAAGCUCUCAGAUGUUAAAUGGGACCAGCGUCUGAAAGAAAUGCAGCCGCUAAAACGGCAGACUCUGCGCAACAUAAGUAUUUUCAACAAACUCCUUUAUGAUGUGUGUGAGUUACAGAAUUCAGUUAAUGAAAUGUUACUUUCUACAACACCAUUUGUCUCCUCAUUUUUUGAUAACUAGGAGAUAAGUUCUCUCUGCCUAUGAGUCAUUUGGGGCACUAACCUUGAACAUUUUUUUUCUAUAUUGCAUAGUUUAAUCUCCUAUAAAUUCACUUUAAUUUGCUUCCUGUGAUUUUUUUAAACAUUUUCUUGGUGCACAAAGCGAAAGGGGAACGUAUGUCUACUGUCCAGUUAUGAUGUCUCCAACUGUGAGGUAUGCUAUGUAUGUGAUGAUAUGCAAAUGUGACAGGAAGAUAAGUUUGUCUAAAAGACUGACAGUGCGAUUUAUUCUGAAAACUAACUUACUUCUCUGCAUUUCCAUUCUUAAACUGUCUAUUUUAAUUCAGAUGUCAUAGCAUCAUUAAAUAAAUAAAUAAUGAACAUAA